AUGUCCUGCAAAGUAGGGCACAAAGUAGGCCACGCUGCAGAGGCGCUGGCUCUCUCCUUGGGUGAAGCCAUCAGCAGUGGAGACUCUGAAGAAGCAGCUGAGCUGUGCAAGAAACUUUCCCAGCUCUCUGUUGAAGUGUCAGUCAACAUCAAGAGCCAUGUCUACUCUCAGGACUCCUUCAGAUUGAUGGUUGGUGUGCAGGAUGCAGAGUCAGAAGACUAUAUUCCAAUAACCCUUAUUGUUUCCACUGGCAUGACAAUUGCRGAAGUUAAAGAUAAGAUCAGUCAGGACUUUGGGUUCCACCCUACGCUCCAGCGCUGGGUGAUCGGUAAACGCUUGGCCCAAGAUCAAGAGACAUUAUACAGCCACGGCGUCCGCAAGAGCGGAGAUCAGGCUUUCCUGUUUAUCCUCUCUGCCAAUGCAGCCCAGCUUACACGGCAGCAACACAACCAGGACCAGGAACAACAGCGCAUAGCUGGUAUUGCGGAAUCUCUGGCGUCAUUGCAGCUUCAUCCUAGAGGCAUAGUUCCUCCUCCUGCUCCUCCUAAAACUGUGACUCCUCCCAAACCUGCACCUAAACCUCAGUUGGGCUGGGCCUGCAUGAUGUGCACUUUCCUCAACAAACCAACCCGCCCCGGCUGUGAGAUAUGUGGAGCAGAAAGACCUCAGGACUAUGAGGUGCCAGAUCUCUAUCAGCCAGACCAGGAUGAAGUCUUACGCAUUCAGCAAGAACAGCUGGCUUUACUGCAAUAUGAAGAGGCUCAGCAGCUGGAACGUGAGCGGAACUACUUGCACCUGCUGGCCACAGAUGACCAGAACCUGAUCACUAACACCACAGAGACAGAUUGCCCCAUCUGUUUCUCUGCUCUGGAGCCAGGAGAAGGGAUUGUGCUCAGAGAAUGUCUGCACACCUUCUGCAGGGAGUGUCUUAAAGGGACAGUCAUAAACAGCCAGGAUGCAGAGGUGUCUUGUGCGGAUACAGAUUGCGAGAGCAAGUUAUUGGAUCGAGAGAUUAAAGAGCUGCUCACAGAGGAGGAGCACCAGCGGUUUUUGGAGCUGCGCUUGAGCAUUGCAGAGAGUCGCUCCGAGCACAGCUUCCACUGCCAGACCCCCAACUGUCGAGGGUGGUGCAUCUAUGAGGAUGAUGUCAACGAGUUCCACUGCGACCUCUGCRAUGAGACCAAUUGCAUUCUCUGCCGAGCCAUCCACAAAGACAUGAAUUGCAAAGACUACCAGGAUGACCUGCGCAUCCGAGCAGAGAACGAUGAAGCAGCUCAGAAGACAAAGCAGAUGCUGGAGAACAUGCUGCAGAAUGGAGAAGCCAUGAAAUGCCCACGGUGUGACAUCAUCGUCCAGAAAAAGGAUGGCUGCGAUUGGAUCUGUUGUCUGAUGUGCAAGACGGAAAUCUGCUGGGUCACCAAACAAGCCCGAUGGGGACCAAACGGAACUGGCGAUAUAUCCGGUGGCUGUAAAUGUCGGGUCAACAAUCAGCCUUGUCAUCCCAAUUGCCAAAACUGUCACUGAGGCAAACAAACUCAUAAGCUCAACAAUCCGCUCUAUCACUGUGAACUGUUUCGAUUGUAUUAAGAAUCUGAUGCAUUAAACUCUUGAACACAUUAUAUUUUACACUCAUGUGUAAACAUUGAUGGCACGUUAACCAARAUAGGAGAAAAUGUAAUUUAUACAUCUAUCUACAACUAAAGAUGUCACACUGCCAACUCUAGGAAAAAAAAUACCUCAGAGUUCUUUUUAUAAUAAAUCUGGUGAUUAAGUCAUAUGUUAAAUCUAAUCUCCAGGUUCUUUCAAUGCGGUCCCUUCGAUCAACCAGUGAGUUUGUGCUGUCUAACAAAAUUGAAAGAAAAAAGSCUUAACACCUAAACAGCUUCAAUACAUGGACCUCCCAUCAUGUUUCUCCAAGAUAGUUUGUAACAAUGUCUUAAUAAUUCAAUAAUUUCUCUCUUUAAUUACGGGAUUGCAAUUAYGGGAACCAACGAAAUGCAAUCAAAGUUUAACUGAGAUUAAAGUAUUUUGAAGUUGUAAUUCAUGUAUGUUGUUCUGUUUUGCCAACUACAAGUUUUUUUGGGAAUUGCUAGGAUUUUUCAGUCUUCUGUUCAGACUGGGGUGAAGGAUGCUGUGUGUACUGUUUACAUUAAUUGCAUAUUUUUUUAUGUAGAUCUCCUUAUUUUGUUGCUCUUGGCAAGAAGUAAUGAAAAUGUAUGUCAAUAAUUUCUUCAUCUCAAGUGUUCACUCCUGAAAAAGUGCAGGAUAAAUUGUAUUGCAUUAUGUGAUCUGAUCUGUAUAUUUAGGGGUUGGUCUUGAUGUUUACUUUGAARGUGUUUUAAAUCUCUACUCAGGCAGGAAGCACACAUUUAAUAAUUGAAAUUUAAAGUCAUUGUAUUUUUACAAAGAUUUAGGAUUUUUAAGUAAUUAGAUUACCUUCUAAAAAUGUUGUAAUAAUUAUAAAAAUUUUGUGCUCUUCCAGCUGUACUGCAAAAUUGUGCUGCCUUAGAACUUCCAAUUACAUUUUGCAACAUCUAAAUAUGCCUUGCCAAGUUUAUAUUGAAAACAAAUAUACUGCAGAAUAUGUACUCUAAUUAUAAUAAACUGGAAUCACGUGAAAAACGUGA